AUGGGAAAAUAUGGAUUCCAUCCCGUGGUGGAACGUGAUCGUCUACGUAAAGUAGCUCAUGACCAGUUGCAACGGGCACCGCAGCCUGGUGAGCAGGCAGCCAUGUCGCCGAGGAACGAGCCUGUUAACGACCUAAUAAAUGAUGGUGGAUCCCAUGAUUCGCUUUCUCUAAAUUAUUUACAGUCUCAAAACUUGCAAAAUGUCGACGGUAAUCUGGUAGACAAUGGUGCUGGACCUUCAGUCAUGAUAGAUUCUACAAAUUAA